CAGAGAAAAUGGAUGACUUCCCAAAUGUGUCUUCUGUUUUGACACUAGAAGGCUUCAAUAUCCCCCCUGAAAGUGUAUUUUCCGCAAUUAUUUUCGCCACACUGAGCUAUAUGGUCAUUCUCUUCUGUAAUCUGGUCCUGAUUCUCACCAUCAUCCUCAAUAGGAGUCUCCACCAGCCCAUGUACCUUCUGCUGCUAAACCUACCCAUCAAUGACCUUAUAGGCUCCACGGCACUCUUUAUACAGCUCAUCAAAGAGCUUUUACUUGACACAGGGACCAUUCAAUACUCUGCUUGUGUCACACAAGCUUUCUUCAUUCAUGUCUAUGGAACGGGAGCUGUGUUCAUUCUGACUGCUAUGGCGUAUGACAGAUACAUUGCCAUAUGUUCCCCUUUGAGGUACAACACAUUGAUGACCAAUGCUCAUCUCAGGAAAAUCAUCACACUGCUAUGGGUGUGUGACUUGAUUUUAAUUGGAGUGCUCUUUUUCCUGCUGCUUCGAUUACCACGCUGCAGAUCACUGAUGUCACACUCAUACUGUGACAAUCCCUCCCUGUUGAAACUGGUCUGUGCUAACACAGCCAUCAAUAACAUCUAUGGACUCUUUAUUACUGCCCUCACGCAGGUCAUAGUUGUUUCUACCAUACUCUACACCUACAUUCAGAUACUUGUCACAUGUUUUAGAAACAAAGGAUCAGCUGACACUAAAAGCAAAGCUCUGCAGACUUGUGCUACACAUUUAAUUGUUUUUCUCCUCUUAGAGUGUUUAGGUCUUCUCACUGUUAUUUCAUACAGACUGAGCCAAUUUCCCCCGCAGUUACGGAGACUCAUAGGAGUUUCCACAUUAAUUUUCCCCCCAACUUUAAAUCCAAUCAUAUAUGGUCUUAAAACAAAGGAUAUCAGAGUAAAAGCAAUGCAUUUCUUGCGGACAAAGAUCUUUCCAUCCUAGGCUAUGUUUUCAAUAGUAGACAUAGAUUUGAAGAGAACCACUACAUAAUUUAUCCAAAACUAUAUGAAUUGUUGACAUUUGUCACGAUCGACUCAGUGCGAUUGUAUUUAGGCUAUUUUGCUGUUUUUUCCAGUCUGGCAGCUUGAUGUACCCCUUGUUGUUAUCUUUAUUUAUAAUAACUGUAAAUGUAGCACUUGAAUUCCAAAACCAGUAAACCAAUUAACCACCCCGGGGUAUCAAGAAAUCACUCACCUGAUUUGAAAUGACAGAAGAGUCAUUGUUGGGUGCCAUUCAUUUUAGGUCCUAGGACACUAGUGUUAAUCAGAGACUGAUUUUGUUGGAACAUAUUAAAGAAACCCACAAAUACACUUAAAAACGGUUUGGGUCAACCAACAACAGUCAACGUAAAUAGAAGAUCAUAUUUUGAAUUUACUAGUAAUAAGAUUUUAACCCUGUGCUUUUUGUGGAUUGUCAAGGUUUCACAAGACAACGUAAAUCAUAAU